GUGCGUUAUGGAUGCAGAAUCUGAGGGGGAAGCUGGCCUUGGGGACUGAGAUGACUUACAGUAGAGAAUCAAUAGUCGUUGACCACCAUAAAAAGGAAUGAAAUUCUGCCAUUCGCAACAUCGUGGAUGGACUUGGGCAUUUUUCAUCUCACAGCGUUUUACCCCAAUCACAUAUUCACACAAGUGCUUCUCUUGAAAUAUCUCGAAAAUGGGAGAAGAAGAAUAAAAUUGUUUAUCCUCCACAACUGCCUGGAGAACCUCGGAGACCAGCUGGGAGUUAAUUUAUUCAUUUAAAGACCUCCUACCUGAUUGGGAACUAAGAAGAAAAAGAGAUCUUAAUAGCUUAAACAAAUGAGUUGUUAACUUUCAUAUUUUACUGUGCCAUCAGAGCUUAAAAGUUUGAUUUGUCAUAGAAUCUGUGCUAUUAAGCAUUGACUCCAUUUUGUAAUUAACCAAAAUUUACACAUUUGUACAAAUAUCAUAAAUAAAAUAUUUUCUAGGGACUUCCCUGGUGGCACAGUGGUUAAGAAUCCUCCUGCCAAUGCAGGGGAGAUGGGUUCAAGCCCUGGUCUGGGAAGAUCCCCCAUGCCGUGGUGGAACUAAUCCCAUGUGCCACAACUACUGAGCCCGUGCGCCUAGAGCCUGUGCUCUGCAACAAGAGAAGCCACCGCUAUGAGAAGCCCGUGCACCACAACGAAAAGUAGCCCCCUCUCGCCGCAACUAGAGAAAGCCCACGCACAGCAACAAAGACCCAAUGCAACCAAAAAUAAAGAAAUCUACCAUUGUCGAAGACAAAUAAAGUACAGCAAAGACAAGAUGUGGUAUUUGGCAAAAUUGAUACGAGGAAUGUCCAUUGACCAGGCUCUGGCUCAGUUGGAAUUCAGUGACAAAAAAGGGGCCCAGAUAAUUAAAGAGGUUCUCUUAGAAGCACAAGAUAUGGCAGUGAGAGACCACAAUGUGGAAUUCAGAUCCAAUUUAUAUAUAGCUCAGUCCACCUCAGGGCGAGGCCAGUACCUGAAACGCAUCCGAUACCACGGCAGAGGUCGCUUUGGGAUUAUGGAGAAGGUUUUUUGCCAUUAUUUUGUGAAGUUGGUGGAAGGCCCUCCACCUCCACCUGAGGCACCAAAGACAGCAGUCGCCCAUGCCAAAGAGUAUAUCCAGGAGCUUCGCAACCGGACCAUCAUUCACACUCUAUGAUGGGGGUAUUAAGACUCCACAGUGUAUAUAUUUUACCAUUCAUUUCCUAAAACCAACAAAAAUUAAAGACAGAUGCUUUUUAUGA